AUGCAUUUCAUGUCCACUUCGCAUCAUUUUAAUCCCCAGUACAUCUAUUGUCUCAGGUUCAAGUCGGAUCGUUCUGGAGUCGAAGACGUCGACGGAUCCAUGCACAUCAUCAUCGCUCGAUCACUCGAAUUGAAACCUAUAGUCGUCAACAUUUUGAACAUCGUAGCACGUAUCGAAAAGCCUAUGUUGUUGAUCAACACUUUGGUGUCGGCGAUGUUGCCUACAGAUAGUUGCAUUCAAGACAAAUGGGAAGAUUACGAAGAGGAAGUCUAUGCAAAUUACGCCUUCCUUUCUCUGUGGCUUCGUCCUGAACAGAUUAUCCCUUUUAAGGUGCAAGGCAGCGCCUUCGCAUUGUGUAUCUUUGUCCCAGACCAAAUUGAAUACAAUCUUUCCUUGGGGUUGGCAUAUGCCAUGCUUCGGGCAAUCAAGUCAUCUAAUGAUUCUAAUGCGAACGUAGUGUCUGUUGCGUACGAGAUUAAUCGAUCGGGGGCCUUUGCUAUCAUUCUACUCAAUGAGGAUUAUACAGAAACAUAUUGGAGAGUAAAGUCAAGGGCGGAAACACAACCAAAUGCUUUCUCAGAACCAUGUUACGGAAUACCCAUUGCUGUAACACCCGAUACUCCUGGUACAAGAGCGAGUUUCCAGGACCGUGUUUUAAUAAGUUCAGUGGUUUAUCGACUUUGGUGGGUACAUUUACCACUGUACUGCCCAAAGUCAAAUCUUGAUUGA